UGUCUCGCUGCCCGGUGCCCUCCAUCCCGCGGCGAGCGCACACACACACACACACACAGAGCGAGAGAGACAGACACGGACAGGGGGAGAUCCGAGGAGCGAUGGGCGAGGAUAGGGGAACAGCCCAUAUGCUGUUGAUGAAGGAAGUCUGAUGUAGACGCUGAGCCAGAGGAGAGCCCAGGGAGCAGCAGCAGCAGCAGCAGCAGUGGGGCUGUAGAUGCCCUCUCCACAGCUCCGUCACCAGCCCCCCCUCAGGCCUCCCAGGGACUGGCAGGAGAGAGAGGAGUCAGCUCCUGCUCUGACUCCGACAGCCCUGUAGAUUCCAGUUCCUGUGAGGAGGAGGAGGAAGACCCAACUAUGUUCUCCUCCAAAUUCCUUAGUGGGGCCAACCCACUCAAUGCUGUGUCCUCUGCUGUGAAUAAGUUUGGUUUAUUUGGAGAUGAUGGGGAUAAGAAUAAGAAAGCACCUUCACAGCAGGGGGCUAAGCCUGGACAGCAGCCCGGAGCAGGGCCAAGCCUAGGCCCUCAACAGCAGCAGGGAAUACAAAAACCAGGCCCUACGGAAAAGGGACAGCCACUCCCUAAAGAAGGGUCCCCUCAGCUACAUGGGAAUGGAAAGGCUGAACCUCCAAUCAAGCCUGGUGGGCAACACGUCGCUCCAAAGGCAGGAACACAGCCUGAAGGUCCGCUGAAAGGAGAGCCUCAACAAAGUCAAACUAAGGGCCCACCACAGCAAGGUUCGCCUAAACCUGGAGCUCAACAACAGAUUGGGAGGAGUGGCGCUCAAUCAGGUUCUCCAAAAGCACCACAAAAGGUUCCACCUGAGGCUGAGAUGCAACAACCGGGGCCUGCUAAGACUGGGAUGCAACAACCGGGGCCUGCUAAGACUGGGAUGCAACAACCGGGGCCUGCUAAGACUGGGAUGCAACAACCGGGGCCUGCUAAGACUGGGAUGCAACAACCGGGGCCUGCUAAGACUGGGAUGCAACAACCGGGGCCUACUAAGACUGGGGUGCAACAACAGGGGUCUGCUAAGACUGGAGUGCAACAGCAGGGGUCACCCACAAUUGGACAACAAAGCUUUAGGGAUACACCCCAACAGCAGUCCUCAAAACGGCCUGAGUCACAAAAACAAGACCCAAGGGGACCCACUGCACCUGGCAUGGACAGAGCAGGAUCUUCAGCACCAGGACCAACCAAAGCUGGAUCUCAGUCAAGAGCAGUAGUUAAGUCCCUUUGCCCAGUGUGUAAAACAACAGAACUCAAUGUACACAGCAAGGACUUGCCUAACCAUAAAACCUGUUCACACUGUAAAACUGAAGUGUGCAACCUGUGUGGCUUCAGCCCUCCAGACUCUGAUGGACGUGAGUGGCUUUGUCUUCCCUGCCAGAUACAGAGAGCUCAGGGGGGUUCUGAACAACAGGGACCCUCCACGAAGAAGCUCACACCUAACAAAGUCCCUUCUGCUCAAAACCAGACACCAUCUCCUGCUGCACCCGUCAAAAAAGAGAUGUUAGCACCCGGUUCACCCAAGAAAAUGCAGUCUACAUUGGCAAACGUUCCAGCCAAGGCUGACGCUAGUAGAGGUCAUGAGAGUCAAAAACAGGCCAGCCCAGCUUCUGUUCAUAAAAAGACACCUGAGACCGAGCAUACAUCAGGAUCUCACAUACCGGAUAAGACUAGUCAAAGUGGACGCAAGCAAAGCUGUAGCCAACAAGAGUCAGGAGGAUUAUUUGGCCUGGGUGGUGUUAAAACUGAAGCUGCAAAGCCUGAUGAGUCAGUAACUGGAAAGAUGUUUGGUUUUGGUUCAUCUAUUUUCAGUUCUGCAUCUACACUGAUAGCUUCAGCUGUUCAGGAUGAGCCUAAAUCAACACCGCCUGUUUCUCCAAAAAUACAGUCUGCAAAAGACAACAAACCAGCUACUGUACAAAAGUCAGCAAAAGAGGCACCACAGCAGGCAACGGCUAAUCCAGCAAGACAGAUAAAAGGAGACAAAGCUGCAUUCCAGAGUCCGAAGGCAGAAGCAGCCGCCCACAGCUCUCCUAAAGAAGGUCCAUCCACUUGUCCCCUCUGUAAGAUGGUGCUAAAUAUGGGCUCGAAGGAUCCGCCCAACUACAACACCUGCACAGAAUGCAAAAGCACUGUCUGCAACCAAUGUGGAUUCAACCCGAUGCCAAAUGUCAAGGAGGAAAAAGAGUGGCUCUGUCUAAACUGCCAGGUGAAACGAGCUGCCAGCGGAAUUGAACCUCAGAAAGACGCAUCAUUGGUCAAUUCCUCAUUUAAAAAAACUACUCAAGCACAGCCUGCACUACAAAAGACAUCUGCACCGGGCUCUCCUCGGAGGGAAAUAUCUACACCUACUGCUCAAUCAGUCAAGGCUGACACUGCGAAAGUACCAGACAGUUAUAAACAGGCUUCCCAAUCUCCCGGUCAGAAAACACCUCAGGAGAGCCGGAUAACAGCUCCUCAGACACAACCAGACCAGACAGGCCAAACUUCACAGAAACAGAGGACUGUCACAGCAGUCACACAGCAAGAGUCGGGAACGUUUUUUGGCUUUGGUGGCCCUAAAACUCAGGUCGAUGCUGCAAAGCCUGCCGUGACCGGAAAAAUGUUUGGUUUUGGUUCCUCCAUCUUCAGUUCCGCGUCUACUCUGAUAACCUCAGCUGUUCAGGAUGAGUCAAAAACUACACCACCACUUUCUCCAAAAAUGAAUGCUGCAAAGGACUCUAAAUACCACACUGCCAAGGAGGGCAAACCAGAACAACCCCAGCAAGCCAAGCGUUCUCCAUCAGUACAGCCAAAAGUGGACAAACUUCUAUCAGAGCAGCCAAAGAAAGCAUCGUCUUCCCCAGUUGAUUCAAAGGCAGUCCAAUCUACCUGUCCUCUAUGUAAAGUCGGACUCAAUGUGGGCUCUACAGAUCCUCCCAACUACAACACCUGUACAGAGUGCAAAAGCAUUUUCUGUAACCAAUGUGGUUUUAAUCCCAUGACAAAUGUUAAAGAGGCCAAGGAGUGGUUAUGUCUCAACUGCCAGAUGCAGAGAGCACUGGGAGCAUCUCAUCCUCCAGGAACUCCCAUGAUAAAGCGACUGGUCUCACCAAAUAAACUCCCUGAACAUCUCAAUGCCACGAACAAAGACAUUCAAACAGCUACAGAGUCAAAGAAGACCUCUGCACCAGGCUCCCCUCAGAGGAAACCACCACCAGCAGGGCCGCCAGCAAAGUCUGAAGUCAUAAAGGGACCAGAAAGUCAGAAACAGGUCAGCCCAGCUGCUGGUCAGAGAAUUCCAAUGCAGGACCGUGCGACAGCUCCUCAGAAACCACAGGACCAGCCAAGUCAAACCGGACAUAAACAGACUAACACUGCCUCAACUACACAGGAGGUAUCCGAAGGGAUCUUUGGAUUUGGCGGUCAGAAACCUAAACCUGACAGCGCAAGGCCAGCGGAAUCAUUAGGUGGAAAGAUGUUUGGCUUAGGUUCCUCCAUCUUCAGUUCUGCCUCCACUUUGAUAACCACAGCUGUGCAAGAUGAUUCCAAAACAACCCCACCAGUGUCAGCCAAGGUUCCUGAUGCAAAGGCAACCAAACAUCAGCUCGCUGAGAAACAAGAGGAAGGGAAACUAAAGCCCAUGACUUCUCCAUCUCCUCAAGCCAAAGUAGAAAAAGCUUCAUCAAAGCCUACAAAGGAUGCAGCUGUUUCCCCAGUUGUUCCCAAGACAGGCCAACCUACCUGUCCACUCUGUAAGGUUGAACUCAACUUUGGCUCCAAGGAACCUACCAACUACAACAAGUGCACUGAAUGCAAGAAGAAAGUCUGUAACCAGUGCGGAUUUAAUCCGAGGCCAAAUGAAUCAGAGAUAAAAGAAUGGUUAUGCCUGAACUGUCAGAUGCAGAGAGCUCUUAGCUCAUCUGAACUCGCAGGUCCUCCUUUGAAACUUAACAAUUCAGCUGACAAAAUGUCUCCAUCGACUAUGCAUCAGAAGAUAACCGCUCCCACUCAAGUGGGACCUCCAAAGAAAGAGUUAUCAAAAUCUAAUGCACCUUCAAAGAUGGAGACUCCACUGGUUGAUGUACUUCAAAAGAAGGGGAGUCUGACACCAGGUUCUCCUCAGAAGAAGCAGGCAACCAAGACUGCCGAACGACCAGAAAGAGAAACGCAGGCUAGCCCUGCUCCAGGCCGGAAAACUCCUAUAGAUAUUGGGGGGGCACCAGAGCCUGAGGCCUCAAAACCCACAGAGUCAGUGAGUGGGAAGAUGUUUGGAUUUGGUUCUUCCAUUUUCAGCUCAGCAUCAACUUUGAUUUCAUCCACUGUUCUGGACGAAUCACGUACGACACCGCCAAGCUCUCGUAAGAUGUCUGCACCAGUCUCACCCAACAGGUCUGCUGCACCCAAUGUUUCUCAAAAAACUACACAGCCAGUUUCCCCCAAAAUGUCCCACGCAGGAGAGUCGGAAAUACUAGAGAAGAAAACUCAACUACAGCCACCAAAGGCAGCAUCAACCUCAAGAACGAAUCUUAAUGAAAGCCAGGCCACCUGUCCACUCUGUAAGGUUGAGAUGAACAUCAGCUCCAAGGACCUUCCAAACUACAACACCUGCACUGAGUGCAAGACCACUGUUUGUACCCAAUGUGGAUUCAACCCAAUGCCCAUAGGCAAGGCAAAUGAGUGGCUAUGUCUCAACUGUCAGAUGAAAAGAGCAAUUGGAGCUGAACCGCCAGGACCUCUCACUUUGAAGUCUCAGACAUCUACUUCACCAGCUGCAGUCCAGUUGAAUGAUUCUCCCAAACCAACCACACCUCAAAAGAAGGAAAGUACAGGCCCUGCUGUACUGAAGGAGUCUUCAGAACCUGCCUCACCCCAGAGAAAACCGUCACCAUCUGUGCAGUCAGAGAAACCUGAAGCUGCUUCUGUACCAUUGAAACAGACCAGCCCGGCGCGGAAUCACAAAACACCACAGGAAAUACAGAAGGCCGUUCUGAAAAAGCCACCAGAUCAGGCAAAGCCUGCAGAGUCAUUAAUAAAUAGGCAGACUAAACUUCAGCAGAGUGAUGCCUCAGCAGCGACACAGCAGCAAGCAGGAAGUUUCUUUGGUUUUGCUAGUGGGAAAACUCAACCCGAACCUGGCAAGCAGGCAGAGUCAGCAACUGGGAAAAUGUUUGGCUUUGGCUCUUCAAUCUUCAGCUCUGCAUCUACAUUGAUGACCUCAGCUGUUACUACUCCUCCAGUGUCUCCCAAGAUGUCUCCUGCUAAGGAGAUCAGGUCCCACACUGCCUACAAGCCUGAGCAGCAGAAUACAGCAGGGUCAUCCGAGAAGACCAAUACACCCCCAACAGGACAGGCCAAACUGAGCAAAGCCCCACCAGAGCCUCCAAAGGCCACAGUGGAGUCACAAGUAGCUGUCAAACCAGGCCAAUCUACCUGUCCACUCUGUAAGGUGGAUCUGAACGUACUUUCCAACGAAUCACCCAACUACAAUACCUGCACUGAAUGCAAGAACCUUGUCUGUAACCAGUGUGGAUUUAAUCCUAUGCCAAAUGAAACAGCGGUAAAGGAGUGGCUGUGUCUGACCUGCCAGAUGCAGCGUGCUCUAGGCUCAACACAGCUCCAAGGAGUUACUUCUGCCAACACCCAGAUACCUCCAAAACCCCAGAGGAGAGAAUUCAUCAGCCCGGCUGAACCUGAAAAGAACAAAUCACCUCAGAGGACACUGUCUGUUGCAACACAGCCGUCUACAGUGGAAGCUGACCACAAGCCAGAAGGUCAGAAACAGCCAAGCCCAGUUCCUUCUCAGAAGAUGCCACAGGAGCCUCAGAAAAUAUCAGGUUCUAAUAAAUCAUCAGACCAGACAAGGAAAACCGAACGUGAGCAGAGUAACGCCACAGCAGCGUCACAGCAAGAUACAAAAGGCUUCUUCGGUUUUGGUGGUGGAAAAACUCAACCUGCUGCAAUGCCAACAGGGUCUGCAACUGGGAAAAUGUUAGGCUUUGGUUCUUCCAUUUUCAGUUCUGCAUCCACUUUGAUAACCUCUGCUGUUCAGGACCAGCCUAAGACCACUCCACCAGUUUCUCCCAAGAUGUCCCCAGCAAAAGGGAUUAAAUCCCCUUAUCUCCAGAGGAAAGAACAACAGACAAAGCUUGAACAAUCCCCUCAGACCAAGACACCACCAUCAACACAGACUAAAGUGGACAAAGCUUCAUUCCAGCUUUCAAAGGAUGGUGCAACCUCUAAUGCCACUAACAAAACAAGCCAUUCUACCUGUCCACUCUGUAAGCUUGAACUCAACAUGGGGUCCAAGGAUCCACCCAACUACAAUACCUGCACUGAAUGCAAGAAUACUGUCUGUAACCAGUGUGGAUUUAACCCCAUGCCAAAUGUUUCAGAAAUGAAGAAUUGGUUGUGUCUGACUUGUCAGAUGCAAAGAGCUCUGCUGGCAGCUGAAUCUGUAGAGCCUCCAUUGAUGAAACCUCAGGCAUCACCAAACAAAGUGUCAACACCUCUUGCUGCCCAGAAAGAGAUUUCAAAGGACCAUCCAAUAACAACUGAACUACAGAAUAAAGAAGAAAAUAAACCUUCAGUUCAAAUGGAUGUCACCAAAACACCAACCACUGCCGCGUUACCUGCUAAAGAGACCCCAGAUACUGUUUCAUCUCUCACAGAGAAAAAGACUACAGCACCUACCAAGGAGGUUCCAACCUCAUUUGCACCCAUCGAAGAGCCGACAGCUGUAGUAUCAGACCUCAAUAAAUCAUUGCCUGCUCAACUCCCUCCUCUAAACGCAGAUACUGUAACUUGUUCCCCAAAGAAAAAGGAUAUCAUUUCACAGAGUUCGCCCUCGCGUAUCAAACUAUCAGAGAAGAAAGCUGAAAUAGUCCAGAAAUCAGCUGAUAAACCGGUCACAUUCUCUGAUGAUGUACAGCCCCCAAAAGCCCCAAAUGGAGAAUCGACCCCUGUUGAAAUGUCCUUUGCCAAAUCUGCUCUGCCAGCAGCCCAGGCAACAAAUCAAAAAACAGGUUUAUUCAGCAUUGGCGGCCCUCAAUCACAGCAUGCUGAAUCAAAAACAACUGAAGCGAUGACUGGAAAAAUUAUGGGAUUUGGCUCAUCUCUCUUCAGCUCAGCAUCUACCUUGAUAACAUCUGCAAAUAAGGAGGAGUCUCGCACAACACCACCAAGUUCCCGCAAAAUGUCUGCCCCAGCUCAAGUCUCUGGCAAGAUGGCAACAUCACAGAUUUCUCCAAAGUCUAGUUCCCCGGUUUCCCCGAGGAUGACCUCAGAAAAAGAAGCCAAACUGCCCCCUGCUCAGAAACCACAUCCGGAUAUCAUAUCAGACCAAAGUCAGGAGGCCAAGGUUCCCCUAUCAAUACAGUCCCAAGUUAACAAAGAUCCUUUAGAGCCUUCAAAACCAGAAGUCUCCCAAGGGGCUCCCAAAGUGGGGCAGUCUAGCUGUCCACUUUGUAAAGCAAAACUUAAUGUGGGCUCCAAAGAGCUUCCCAACUACAACACCUGCUCUGAAUGCAAGACCGAUGUCUGCAACAAAUGCGGAUUUAGCCCUAUGCCACAUUUAGAAAAGGGGAAGGAAUGGCUUUGUCUCAACUGCCAGAUGCAGAGAGCACUUGGAGCUUCUGAACCUCUUGGCCUUCCCAUGAUAAAACCCAAAUCGUCGCAAAGCAAAGAGGCUGCCGCCACACAGAAGAAAGAGACCCCAAUCUCAACUUCUCAGGAAGACAUCCAUCAACCAGCCGCACCCAAAAGUGUGCUUGUUAAAGUGGAAACAACCAAGGAUACUGAAUCCCCAGUGCUUUGUCCACCACUAAAGGAAGUUGUUCCCCAAAGAAAAAGUGCAGAUGUUUCAUUGCCUGACAAAACUGUCCUAUCCACUACCACAGAAACCAAUGUAUUACCAGCCUCACAAAAGCCUUCUGAAGACGCAUAUAAAGGACACCCUGGUACAUCCCAGCAACAACCUACCCAAUCUGUAACAUCUACUCCUCCACCAGAUAAAGAAGCAGAAAAUCCAUCCCUACAACAGUCUCCAAAGGCUAUGACCACUAUCGCUAAAUCUGCUGCCCCGCUAGAUCGACAUUUGGAAGAGCAAACUCCAAAACAACCUUCAAAAACUGUGACUUCAAUCGCUAAGUCUGGUCCUCCUCCAGAUUCAGAAGUGGAAAAACGGCAUCCACAACAGCCUCCAGAAACUGUGAUUUCUGCUCCUACAGCCGAUCAAGAGGCAGAAAUGCCAUCCCCAAAACAGCCUUCAAAUGCCUUGACCACUAUCGCUAAAUCUACUGCCCCGCCAGAUCAACACGUGGAAGAGCAAACUCCCAAACAGUCUUCUGCUCCUCCAGAUUCAGAGAUGGAAAAGCUGCAUCCACAACAGCCUCUAGAAACUGUGAUUUUUGAUCCAUCAGAUCAAGAGGGAGAAAAGCCAUCCCUAAAACAGCCUCCAAAAGCUAUGACGACUAUUACUGCUGUCCCACCAGAUCAACAUGCAGGAGAGCCAACGCCAAAACAGCCUUCAAAAACUGUGAGUUCAAUCGCUAAGUCUGCCUCUCCUACAGAUCCAGAGGCGGAAAAGCUGCAACUACGACAGCCUUCAGAAACUGUGAUUUCUGCUCCUCCACCAUAUCAACAUGCACCACAAAGAGAUUCUAUGCAAGAUAUGCAGAUCCAUUCAGGUACUGAACAAGGGCAAGGCCAAAGCAAGGUUGUGGCUGGCCAGCAGAAACUUGUUGAAAAAUCCCCACAAGUCCCGAUUUCACAAACUCUGAAGCCAGUAGUUAGGCCAGGUCUUGCAAAAGAAGUUGGAAAGACAUCACAACAGCCUUCAAAAUCUGCAAUUGUCUCUGAAAAAACUGCACCUCCACCAGCUCAUCCUGCUAAACAGGGGUCAGGAGGAUUUUUUGGCUUUGGUGGUCCUAAAACCCAACCUGCUGCUGCAAAGCCUGCUGAGUCUGUGACUGGAAAGAUGUUUGGCUUUGGUUCAUCUUUCCUAAGCUCUGCAUCUACCAUGAUAACGUCAGCUGUUCAGGAUGAACCUAAGACUACACCACCAACUCCACGCAAGAUGUCUACUACAGCCAAUGAAUCACCUAGAACUACACCGGUAGCCUCCCCUAAACUUUUACCUGCAAAGGACACCAAGCCUACCGCUGUCAAGAAAACUGAAGAGAAGCAACCAGAGAAACGAUUGCAGGACAAAACUCCUUCAAACCUACAAGCCAAAGUUGACAAAGGUCUACCAGAGGCCUCCAAGGUACAAACAGACAUCCAAGGUGCCUCAAAAGCAGUUCCAACCAUCUGUCCGCUUUGUAAGGUCAACCUCAACGUGGGCUCGAAAGAUCCUCCCAACUACAACAAUUGCACAGCAUGCAAGAUGGAUUUCUGCAAUCAAUGUGGAUUUAAUACAAUGGCAAUUGUGGCAGAGGUGAAAGAAUGGCUUUGUCUGAACUGUCAGAUGCAGAGAGCCCUAGGCGCAUCUGGGCCCACUGGAAGUCCUGCAGUGAAACCACAGACCUCCCCGUGCAAGGUUCCUGGUUCUGAACUGAAGGAAAUGCCAACAUUUGUCCAGCAGGACAAGUCUAUAGGAUCUACAGCAGUCACAAAAGAGGUCACUCAUGCAACUACGCAGAAACAAGGAACCCCAAAAGUUGAGGCUCCAGUGCUGAUUGCAGUCAAACAAGCUGAGACACCACACAGAGAUUCUGUACAAGAGACGCAGAUCCUUUCCAGGACUGAACUAAGACAAGGGCAAGGCGAGGUUGUGGAUCACCAGCAGAAACCUAUCGGAAAAUCCCCACAAGUCCAGCUUUCACAAACUCCAAAGCCAGAAGUUAGGCCAGGUCUUGCAAAGGAAGAAAUUGGAAAAACACCACAACAGCCUUCAAAAUCUGCUACCUUUUCUGAAAAAUCUGCACCUCCAGCAGUUCAUCCUGCUAAACAGGAGUCAGGAGGCUUAUUUAGCUUUGGUGGUCCUAAAACCCAACCUGCUGCUGCAAAGCCUGCUGAGUCCGUGACUGGGAAGAUGUUUGGCUUUGGUUCAUCUUUCCUAAGCUCUGCAUCUACCAUGAUAACGUCAGCUGUUCAGGAUGAACCUAAGACUACACCACCAACUCCACGCAAGAUGUCUACCACAGCCAAUGAAUCACCUAGAACUACACCGGUAGCCUCCCCUAAACUUUUACCUGCAAAGGACACCAAGCCUACCGCUGUCAAGAAAACUGAAGAGAAGCAACCAGAGAAACGAAUGCAGGACAAAACUCCUUCAAACCUACAAGCCAAAGUUGACAAAGAUCUACCAGAGGCCUCCAAGGUACAAACAGACAUCCAAGGUGCCUCAAAAGCAGUUCCAUCCAUCUGUCCGAUUUGUAAGGUCAACCUCAACGUGGGCUCGAAAGAUCCUCCCAACUACAACAAUUGCACAGCAUGCAAGACGGAUUUCUGCAAUCAAUGUGGAUUUAAUACAAUGGCAAUUGUGGCAGAGGUGAAGGAAUGGCUAUGUCUGAACUGUCAGAUGCAGAGAGCCCUAGGAGCAUCUGAACCCACUGGAAGUCCUGCAGUGAAACCACAGACCUCCCCAUGCAAGGUUCCUGGUUCUGAACUGAAGGAAAUGCCAACAUUUGUCCAGCAGGACAAGUCUAUAGGAUAUACAGCAGUCACAAAAGAGGUCACUCAUGCAACUACGCAGAAACAAGGAACCCCAAAAGUUGAGGCUCCAGUGCUGAUUGCAGUCAAACAAGCUGAGACACCACACAGAGAUUCUGUACAAGAGACGCAGAUCCUUUCCGGGACUGAACAACGGCAAGGCAAGGUUGUGGAUGACCAGCAGAAACCUGUUGGAAAAACCCCACAAGUCCAGCUUUCACAAACUCCAAAGCCAGAAGUUAGGCCAGGUCUCGCAAAAGAAGAGGUUGGAAAAACAUCACAACAGCCAUCAAAAUCUGCAACCUUUUCUGAAAAAUCUGCACCUCCACCAGUUCAACCUGCUAAACAGGAAUUAGGAGGCUUAUUUAGCUUUGGUGGUCCUAAAGCACAACCUGCUGCUGCAAAGCAUGCUGAGUCUGUGACUGGGAAGAUGUUUGGCUUUGGCUCGUCUGUUUUCAGCUCUGCAUCUUCAUUGAUAACCACAGCUGUUCAAGUGGAAUCUAAAACUACACCACCAACUCCACGUAAGAUGUCCACUACAUCCAGUGUCUCUCCUAAAGCUACACCACCAACUCCACGUAAGAUGUCCACUACAUCCAGUGUCUCUCCUAAAGCUACACCACCAACUCCACGUAAGAUGUCCACUACAUCCAGUGGCUCUCCUAAAGCUACAACUCCAGUUUCCAAUAUUUCAGCUGCGAAUGACUCUGAGCCACCUAAACAGACCAAGCCUGCACCAUCAGCAGAGGCCAAAGUAGAGAAAGCUCCAGCAAUGCCUCAAAAAUCUAUCCAAGCGACCCAAGUUGCUCCUACGGCACCUCAGUCAACCUGUCCAUUAUGUAAGGUCGACCUCAACAUUGGCGCCACAGAUGCCCCCAAUUACUCAACAUGCACCGAAUGCAAGAACACGGUCUGCAACCUUUGUGGAUUCAACCCUAUGCCACAUACAGGGGCUAAGGAAUGGCUGUGCCUGAACUGCCAGACUCGGAGGGCUUUGUCUGGAGAGCUGGGAGAUUCAGGAAGAAUGCCCCAGGUUACACCUGUAUCUGCCAAGCCAAGCGCCCUGUCCACACCUGCAACCGCAGAGGUAGAACCCAAAACUACCCCUGCAAAGGCGGAGCUGACAUCUGUGGUGACAAAAUCACAGCUCACCCCUGACUCAAUCAAGUCGAUGCCAACAGCUCCAACCCUAAAGCCAAAGAUGGAACCUAUGUCUGUCGAAAAGGAAACCACGGCUACAGCAGCUUCCGAACAUGUGAAGAUCCAGCCCACACACAUAGCCAUAAAGGAAACGGUUUCACCUGUUUUAGAAGAAAAACAGCCAUUGGCAGCAUUGACAGCAGAAGUCAUGCCACCCGCUAAGGACACAGCAACACUAAAGGCUGAAGUACCAAACACAGAUCAUAACAGGACUGUAACAGUGGAAGACAGAGAAGAGUCAGUGAAAGUGGAAUUCAUAGAACCACAAUAUCCCAAUGCUGAAGAGUCUAAAGUUGACCUUUCAAAAGACAAGUUGGAAGCAGAUGUUGCUUCAGCUUCCCCCCUACCUGCAACUGAAGCUAUAGCUGUACCUUUCCAUUUUGCUGCAGAGGUUGUCCCAGGAAAUAAAAUAAAGCCAGAAUUGUCUGCUCCACAUAAGAUUAAGGAGUUACUCACGGAUGAUCAUAUUGAACUGACAGAGCCAACAACAUCUUUACCACAAGCUGAGGUGCAACCAAAGUCACAAGAACCACAGCUGGUAUUGGAAAAACAAGCAGCCGGCAAGGAAAUGGCUGAAGAAUUAAUUGAAAAGAUCCACGACAUCACCUUAUUUCCAGAGACACAAGUAUCUGCAAAUAACAUCAUAAUACAACCUCAGGGUCAAGAUGAAAUAAACAAAGAACCAGUGAAAGAAGUAAAGGUCACCAUACCUACUGAAAACAAAGUUGUGACUGCAACAGCAACAAAGCCUGAAUCCAAAACAGAGGAGCCUGAUGAAGAUCAACCUCAAAUUUUACCCAUGGCACAAGAUUUUAAAGAUGGGAACGUUGUUGCAAGUCAAAAGGAUAUUCCAGUAUCUACACAUACAUUCAUUCCAGUAAAGGAGGGAGCUGAGAGAAGACGCUUAAGUUUCCAAGCAAUGGCUGAGAGCAGUGAAAGUGAGUUUACACCUUCACCUAAAGUCCAGAAGAGAAAACUGAAGGUCAGGAAUGUUUCAUCCAGCAGUGAAGACAUUAAAUCUGAAAGCGCUGACUCCUCUAUGGAGGAUGAAGAAUUCAUCCGCAAGCAGAUAAUGGGCAUGGGUGAUAAAGAAGAUAUUUAUCCUUCAGAAGAUGAGAGAGAAAAGGAUUUAGUAGAUGACGAAACUAUCAACAUUUUUGAACUUGAUAAAAGUUCAGUGACGGCCAAACCACUGUCUAGAAAGAGUAGUACCGAGAAUGAAGAAAGCCCAGUCAGGAGAACAACCCUUCCAAAAGCAUUGGCUGAAAUAACUCAAGAUAUUUCUGAAACCAUUCCCUGCUCUACAUUCAAGAAAGCUCUUACAGUCAUCAGACACAGACAAAGCACUGAUGAAGAGGUGGAGAGCAUCACAGAAUCCCUGUCAAAGGGAUCGUCCAGUGUUCAGGUAUCUAGUUUUACCCCAGGAUCUUCACCCACUUCUGCCUCAUCUCUGGAGGAGGACAGUGACAGCAGCCCCAGACACAGGAAAAUCUGUGGGGAAAAGCAGCUUCGCAAAGGAAGACACAGGCAGCCAACUCAGCCUCUCCCAACCAUUGAAGACUCCUCUGAGGAAGAGAAAAUUAGGGGGGGUGAGAAGCCUAGAAAAGAAAAAGAAGAACUUAAAUCCCAUGGGACUUCCCUGUUCCCAACAAAAGAUACUUCCUCAACAGAGAAUCUGAAGCAGAUCACAACAAUGGAUGAAACCAGUAGAUCUGGUUCUGAGUACUCUGCUAGUAUAGAAUCCGAGCCAGAGGUUUGGCGAUCAGUACAGAGAGGGGAUAAGCCAUCACCAACAGUAAUUCCAUACAAUCUCUCUGAUCCAUUUAACGAGAAGCAUAUUGUGACAUCACCACUGAAGAGUGCUGAAGAAACAUAUGAGGAAAUCAUUCAAAAGACAAAAGCUAUUCCUGGGGAGAGUCCUCCUGAUAUUGAGCCACUUUAUGGAGGGAUGUCCAUAGAGGACUAUCUUUAUGGAUCCUUAGUGGAGGAGCCUGAAAUGAAGAUGGGGGAAUCUCCAGAGGAUACAAGCUCUGAGUGUCUCAAACAACUUAGGUCUCCAGAGGAGGUCUAUGAGAAGAUGAUGCAGAAAAAGAGAGAACUGAUGAUGAUAGAGCAAGAGUUCCAACAGGCCCAGGUUGCCAUUGCAUCAUCCUCAUCGGGGACUUCCGUCACUGGGCCUCCUUUGAUUGCAGAGACCUGUGUGGUGACCAUAACCACAGAAGAGACAUCACCUACUGAACAAUUUGAUAUGCUUCUUCCAGGCACUGAAACCUCUAGUGAAGUGCCAGUGAAGAGAAAGAAAAGGCCUGCUCCACCGCGACCCACUGAACCCCCUAAGCGUUCAGAAGUGAAUGUUGUACUAAUUACACCCGGUGGAUCCAUUGGUUUUGCUAGGCCUAUGGUUCGUCAAGAUCCUUCACUCGGAAAGGCAUUGUUCCCCAUACCGGACCUCAAGAUUACCCGGUGCUCAUCUGGGGAGGAAGAGGAUGACAGUCUUGCAGACGAGUAUGGUGUUGGUAUUUCCUCUGACAUUACCCCCAGUGAUGACUCUGAGACUAAAGAGUAUCCCUCCAUAAGCCCACCUUUGUCUGAAACCACAGAGAUGGAUCCUUUCUGUGUGGUCUGUGAAAUUCCAGAACCACAACCUAUUCCAACUCCAAUUUCAGCACUAGAACUAACUACCACACCGUCCCCCGUAUCACCAUUGUCACCUCCAACUUCACCAGCCUCUCCAGAGUCCAGUAUGGCUUCUAAUGCUACAUCCUCAUCCUCACUCCAGGCUCAAACACCGCUUUCAUCGGAUUCAACUCCGCUGUCUACACCAACACAUCCAACUUUAUUUGUAACCCAAUCACCUCAAGAUAUCUCACCACCAUCCCCUAGUACAAUUGCAAAAGUACCGUCUACUGGGGCCUCCGUUUCUUACCCCACUCUUACCAAAGUUAUAGCUACAAUGCCAUAUGUGGUGUCUGGUCUAUCCAAAGCUCAAACAGCUGCAGUAGGUCAAGGUAAGGCAUCUACAGCUGAAGCUCCAACUCCAGCCCUAUUGGGGAUGUGUAGUCCUGUCACUGUUGUGGUUCAGAAGCCGGACCUAGUUUCAUCUCCAUCUCAGGUGCCUAUCGUGGCUCCAGCUGUUGUACAGGUCUCAGCACAAAGACCAGCACCUGUUGUCUCAGCUCUACCCCCAGUCUUAUUUACACCUGUACCUGUUACAGUCAACAAUGAAUCUUCAGCCCUAGUUGAUAUUGAUUCUGUCACUCAGGCAUCAUGCCCUUGGACAGUCAAAGACCAGACGAUGCCUGACCUAGUUUCAACUACAUCUUCAAUCUCUGCACAAACCCCAUUACCGGUCUCAGCACUCGUAACCAGUCCAACUCAAGGCCAAACCAAAGUGGUACACCCUUUCCGGACAGCCAUCUUACCAGUGAGCCCAGCUCCAGUACAACCAGCCCAGGGUCCAGUACCGUCUUCAGCAUCAACUAUUAUAACCAAAAAAAAGGUCCCUCCUCCUCCACCACCUCGGUCUACUUCAGUGUCAAUACCUGAGAGUAGUGCAGAAUUUCCACUUGUAAGGACUGUUCAGUAUGUCACCCCCACUAUGACCACCACCAUAGCUAACGGAGCCACAGUGACUGGUCAGCCAAUGCAAUCUGUAUUUGUGGAUAUACAGCCAAGAAUGGAGGAUAUACAACUAGAUAGUGGGGCUGUACCUCAGGUGGUUACCCCAACCAGACAAGGCCAUGUAGUCAUCAUAGUGCCAAGUGUGGAAAACAAAUCUCUCCUUGGACAAACCCCACAAGAUAUGGCUGGCAAAGGAUCUGUUUCUGCUACUACUACUACUACUACUACUCUACCACAACGUAGUCAAAUACCUUCAGAUAUACCCAGCACCAAUACAGAUGCAUUAUCGACUAAGUUGUCAGCAGCUUCAGCUUCACCCCUUAUGUCGAAACCUACAGCAGUCGUCGAUCCAGUUGAAAUUCUUGUAGCAGAUACAUAUCCAUCCUUUCCUACCAAUUUAACCAAACCAAACGUGUAUCCAACACCUCUGGUUCCCUCGUCAGUGACGAUUGCCACAGCAGCACAAGCUUCUUAUACCACAGAUAGCCCUAGUCAAACUGCAAAGCCUCCUCCACCCAUACCACCUAAGCCUAUAUCAAUUCCAGCUGGACUGGUUUUCAGCCAUAAGCCAGGAGAGAGUGUCAAACCACCUCCCCCUCACGUGGCUCCUAAAGCUGCUACACUACCUAGGAUCAAAGAACCUCCAAAUGCUCUGUCCCUCAGCCUUACUCGGCCAGUGGAAUCUAAGUUCAGUGCAACAUCUCCUAAGUCACCUAUGUCUCCCAGACAUUCUAAAUGUUUGCAAACCUAUGUAGUGAUAACCCUUCCAUCUGAGCCUGGCUCACCGACAGAGGUUAUAACAGUCCAGGCACCUGUAAGACGAGGCUCCAUCCCAUCUACAAAAGUCUCAGGGGUAAGGACCACACCUUCAGAGCAAAAAACAUCCACUGAGGCAUUCUCAGCACAGGCUACAGUUAGGAGGGCCUCCGUUCCCACUGUAAGGCACCCACCUCUAAUAUCCAUAGAUCCAACUCAGGCAGUCGAACAAGUAACUUCCUAUAAUGUUCUGGAUAAUAAAGUGCCAGCCAGGGGAGACUAUCUGCCUUCUGCGGUACAAUCACCAUUUAUUGCUGAUGUCGUGGUGGAGCCAUUAGGUCAGAAUACAUCUAUUCAGGAACAUAUUGUACCCCUUCCAAUUAAGAAACCAUGUGUGCAACAGCAGCAAAUAAUUACUCCGGAACUGCCACCACCUCAAACUAUGUAUGAGGUCCUCACAACGCACCCAGAGCCAAAGGUUGUUAUUCAACCACAAACCGUCCAAUCUGCAACACAAUCCCAGUGUUUACCACUUUUUGCUCCUCAUGCACCAAUAACAAUUGUACCUUCGCAGCGACAGGCUUUGACAGAAGCUGUUGCUUUACCACUGCAGACUGAGGUAACUUUAGUUGCACCACUCCCCCAAGAUAGACCAGCUGCAGUUUCCACAACUGUUCUCAAUCCACAAGUUGCAGCUCAAAUAAAAAUGCCAAACCAGGAACAGUAUUUGCCUACUCAUGGCAUGGUAACUGAGACAGUUGUGGUUAAAUCACAAACACCAGUAGUGAGUCAGCUAAUUCCUCUUCAACAGCAAUUUGCAUUAGUUGAAGUGAUCCACUCUACAGAGCAACAAGUACCUACAGUUUUCAGCAAGACUCCCACCAUUGCAGAAAUCCCAUUAGCACCACCAACAUUUUGUCCUUUAGAAGUUCUAUCUUCCCAGCACCCACUGCUCAUUGAUGAAGUGUUGCCCUUUCCUACAAGCGAAGUAACUAAAGAGAUCAUUACAUCCGAGAAUGCCGUUAGAACACCUGGGUUAGCAGCAGUAUGUCCAGUUCCUCAACCUCAAUCUUUCAUUGUUGAAAUGACUCCAACAUUACAGGUAGCUGAGCUAAUGCCACUAACUACCGUAGCAAAUGUGAUAACUCCUACAAGUGUGAAUUGGACACCAUCACCUCUUGCAAUGCACUUCCAACCAAUGGACGUACAGCCAGAUGUACCUAUUCAACAAGUAUAUCGAGCAAUUACAUCAACGGUCAUGUCACCUUCAACGCCACCACCGGAGGUUAUAUCGUUGGAACCUGAACAUGAGACAAUCACAGAGAUUAUACCAAAGGACAGUGAUUUAAGAGCUUCAAUGUCAUCAUCAGUGUGGCAGCCCCAGGCAGCUGCUGGGAUGCCAUAUGGAGUCAUUUCAACUGGAGAAAAUACCAGGGGAAGGAGGGAAUCUAUGUCGGCCAUAGUGCAGCCAACAUACACCACAAUUGAAAUGUAUACUCAUCCAUAUGAAAUGCCCAACCAGAUGGGGACAACUGAGGCUUUUGCUGCCACCAGGAGAGAAUCAAUAACCAUCCUGCCAUCUUUACCAUUGCCACAUGUAGUAAACAUGCCAGCUGAAAAAGAUAUUCCUAUUGAUAGUUAUGCGGUUCAAAGCCCCUACAGGAGAGGAUCCAUUUAUUCAACAGAACCAAUACCACAAGUAUCAACCUAUUCAUCAGAAUAUGAAUAUCCUCUGGAGAUAAUAUCCACUGAAGCAUAUACCAGGAGAACCCCAAUACCCACUGCACAGGCCAUUCCACAGGCUGUAUCUGUGGCUCCAGUCACAAUCACUAAAAUUCAGCAGGAGUCUAUUGAGAGUCAAGAGAUUCGAGGACUAGAAAAGGUGGUCUCAAGUAUGAGUCACAUGUAUUCUUCUUCAAUUUCUACUUCAGGCCAGCCUCCUGAAAGCCUGCCAAGUCUUGUAACUCAGGUGGUCACUACUGAAGUCCAAAGGACCACUGUAUCCGUUGUUCAUGAAAGACUUCCACAAAUCCCUCAACACAGUGUAGCAAUCGCCAUCCAACCAGAUGUAGCUAAAGUCCAAGCUCUGACAAAACACAAUGCAAAGAGAAUCUACCCGGGUGAUGUUGUUGAUUUACGAACCAUGAAGGUUGACAUAAAGAUGACUGAACAAGGCAUGGACCUAACGCCACCUGAGUCAUGUCGACAGUCAUUUUCAAGUGACUGUAGUGGUCGCCAAAUCACAGCAGUGCAGCCUGAGAUAGUAAAUCUUAGUGCAGAGAUAACCCCUGCAACCACGCUGUCUGUGGUCACAGACAGCAUAACAAUAGUCGCCUGCACAGCCACCAUUGCCUCAUAUAACAGUACUCCAGCUGAGAAACCACUCGAUUUGCAAGGUCAUGUUUCAUCAUUGCCACUGCCUCUCACCACAUACAAACCAUUCGAACCGCUUGCUCAGAUUGUCUACAGACCUGUGAAUACCCAGCCUUUAGUCAGUGCUGUAGUAUCCGCAGCUCAAGACCUGCCCAUUAAUCUUUCCUUUGGAGCCUUGGUCUCCUCAGGUGGCGAACAGCCAAUGACUUCCCCACUAUCUAUCAGAAACCAAGGUGCUGUGCUUUCUCUGGAGGCCACUGGGGCUAUGGAUCUGUCAAACUACAGACCAGUGAGAGCUAUGGUAGCUUUGUCUGACACAAGCCCCGGAGUGGUGACGACUGUUGUAGAAGAUGAUGGGACUCCAGUUGACCUUACAGCCGGUAGCAGGAUUGUUUGCUGUGAUGUUAUUUAUAAGCUACCCUUCACAGGAAGCUGCAGGACACAGCCACCUGUUACAAGUCAACCUGACAAUCGUUUUGGCUAUGGUGCUGACCACUAUCAAUAUGAUAAUGCUGGACUGUAUGGUUUCCAAGGCAUGAAUGGUAUAAAAGCCUCAACGUCUGAGACCAACCUGACAGAGGCAGAACUGUUUUCCUAUGAUCCCAGGAAUGACUAUGACCAUCUCAGUAGAUCUUCAGAUGGCGCUAUGGACCUCACUGCUGCCAAACUUUCUUCUGGUAAAGCUCUAGACUACACUAGCAAAUCUACUGGAUUCUACCCUGGGACGAUUGCUGCUCCAGUUCCAUCCACAAAUACAAUUACAACUCAACCGGGCUCUAUCUUUAGCACCACCUUACCACCUACAACAACAGUCCAGAACCAGUCAUCGCCUUAUCCAUAUGGCUUUAUUCACAGCACAGACCCUGGACAGAUAAUAACUUUUGACACAGAAAUACCUAAGGAUCUUCUACCCACAGCUUUGGCUGAUAUCAUUACAGGCUAUCCGGACAUGUACUCAGACACCACCCUGGAAGCAAUUGCUGCCUCUCUGGAUGCCUUAGCCUCUUCCCCAAUAUUCCCAGGCUUAGACAACACCAAGAUGGCUCAGUAUCAAAUGGAAAGGGAGUUUCUAGAGCUGGAGAAGCUUAAGCAGCUUUGUCUUGCUGAGGAACUGGAGUGGGAGAGGCAAGAGAUCCAGCGUUACCGUGAACAGGAGCAGCUAAUGGUCCAGAGGGAGCUUGAGGAGCUUCAAGCACUGAAACAGCAGCUUCUUAUGCAGCAAGAAGAAGAGCACCAUGCCCACAUGGUAGCCCAGCAGGAGACCUAUGCUCAGCAAAAAGAGCAGUUGCAGCAAAUCCAACAACUCCAACUGCAACUCCAACGCCAGCUUGAUGAGCACUAUGGUAGCACUGGUCACACAGGAAACUUCUUAGAUGCCAAAUAUGCAGGGGUGGGGGACAGUGGCCAGUACUGGCCUGUCAAAGAUGAGUCUACUGUCGCUAUUGGUACACAUUUAGAAGAAAGUCAGGAUCAGUUUAAUAUUGUAAAGGGCAUUCAAGCUGAACAGGACGCAGGAAAAAAAAUUAUCGAUAGUGGGGUGCAGACAGAUGAUGAAGACUCAGCAGAGAAGCAACAUGUUGGAAGGAGAAAGAAAAAUAAGAGAAAUGUUGAUUGCUCCGCUCAGACGGAUGAUGAGGACCAAGAUGAAUGGGAUGCUCCCACAAAAGCUCGACGACGAUCUCGAAAACAUAGCGGCGAUGGGAAACACGGCUCCAAGGUCUCUAGUAUAGCUAUCCAAACAGUGGCAGAAAUAUCUGUCCAGACUGACCACUCUGGAGCUAUCAAACCACCUGGUGUCCACAUGGACACUAAGGUGGAAAUUAUCAAGCAUAUCUCAGCUCCAGAGAACUCUCAGAGAGGUGGCAGUCUCAGCUGUCAGACAGAAUCAGAUAGAAGUGUCACACCUAUUGAGGUGGGGUACAGCACACACCUAAGAGCAGAUGUCCCACUCAAGUCAAAAGUCUUCUAUACCUCAAUUUCUCCCGUGUCCCCGGAAAAGUCCCUUGGAGGGCAGAGAAUGUUGACUGCUGACCCAACCAGAUUUUCCUCUGGUCCUCGUAUGUUAAAGUCUAGUCAGAAGUCUCUGUCUGAUCCCAAAUCCCUUAGUCCCACCACAGAUGACAGGAUGGGUGGAUACUACGCAGACAGCUAUUCUAGCCGAAGCUCUCCAUCUGGGACAGGUAGGAAGGUCAAACGGACGCUUCCAGAUCCCCCUCCUGAGGAUGACUCUAUGGCAGGACGUGCAGGCUACAACAGCAACUCUGCACGUCGCCGUCUUGCCCGCAGUACAACAAUGGCCCGGGCAAAGAUCCUGCAGGACAUUGACAAGGAGCUUGAUCUGGUGGAAAGAGAAUCUUAUAAACUCCGCAGAAAACAAGCUGAACUAGAUGAAGAAGAGAAGGAGAUUGACGCCAAGCUACGCUACCUUGAGAUGGGUAUCAACCGGCGUAAGGAGGCCUUGCUGAAGGAGAGAGAGAAGAGAGAGAGGGCCUAUCUCCAGGGGGUGGCGGAGGAAAGAGACUACAUGUCAGACAGUGAGGUUAGCAACAUCAGAGAGUCCAGGGGUGACGGCCUGGAGAGGCCACGGACAGCUCCCCAGUCGGAGUUUGACCAAUUCAUCCCCCCCCAGACUGAAGCUGAUUCCCAGUACAACACACUAACUAGUCCCUACUCUCACUAUGCCCAGUAUGUUCCCCAGACCCAAACCACCAGCCACUACACCCAACAGAACCUAUAUCAGCAGCAGCAGUCCCUUUACCACCAACAGGCAUCCCCUUACACAAACCUAUCCCUCCCCCAUUCCCAAGGUCAGUCUAGCAGCUACCAACAUGCGCUGCUCUUGCAGCAGGGAAAACAACGACGAUCCACCAUGUCCGAAUUAGAGCCUAAGAUCACCACCAACUAUGAAGUGAUACACAACCAGCCUCUGCUCAUUGUGCCAACUUCCACAGAAAGUGUUUAUGGAGUUGCUCACCUUGGGGAUAAGUAUGGCAGCUUGGACUUGAGGCUAGGGCUAGGGGAAAGGAGCAUGGCCUCUAGUCCCAUGUCUAGCAUUUCUGCUGAUUCUUUUUAUGCCGAUAUCGACAACCGCAAUUCCAGGAACUACGUGCUGAUAGAGGACAUAGGGGAGCUCACCAAGGCCUCAACGGGGCAAAGCAACACAGGCAUGGGUUCUGGAUUCAACAUUCCUGAUAAAGAGUUGUCCAAGGCAGACAGACUACUCAGGGCAGCGGAAGUCAGGCGCACAGCAGAGGUGGCAGAUUUUUUAGGCUCAUCUCGACUUCAUAGUUAUGGCAAAGCAGAAGAUGAGACAAUGGAGGAGCCUUAUGAGUUGAAGCUUCUAAAGCAGCAGAUUAAGCAGGAGUUCAGGCGAGGAACUGAGGGACUAGAGAACCUAACUGGGCUAGGCCUUCCCCAUCAUCUCCCCAGUGAUAGCAGUUUUCGUCACUUCCCUAAAGGAGAGAAAUAUAGUAUUGGCAGGUUAACCCUUGAAAAGCAGGCUGCAAAGCAACUCCCAGCAGCUGUGCUUUACCAGAAACAGAUGAAGAACAAAAAGGCUACUAUAGAUCCGAAAGCCAUCACAAAAUGUUCCCCGAUUCAAGAGAGUAGGGAUUUGGAGCCUAACUUUAACAAUUAUAUGGGAUCUGGGGUCUCCUCUGUGACCAAUCUGGCUGCUACAGCUAGGUUGCUUCAGGAUGAGAUUACAUUUGGAUUAAGAAAAAAUUUAUCUGAGCAGCAGAAAUAUUUAGGCUCUUCCCUAGGCACCAAUUUAGCUGGUUCUCUUAAUUUUGGGCAAUCCCUCGGACUUGGACCAGCUAUCAGGGCCACUGCCCAGGAUGAUGGCACCUACCCAAGUGGAACCCGUUCCCGACCCUCAUCGCGCCCUUCUUCCCGCCCCUCUUCUGUCUAUGGCUUGGAUCUUUCUAUCAAACGGGACCUAUCCAGCUCCUCGCUUAGAUUAAAAACCGAAGGAGAGGUCCUAGAUGCAGCAUUUGCUCCAGGGGUGGCCAGAGCGAAGCCUACUAGUCUACCUAUAAGUCAAAGUAGGGGGCGCAUCCCCAUAGUGGCUCAGAACUCUGAGGAGGAAAGCCCCCUGAGCCCGGUGGGGCAGCCUAUGGGAAUGGCCAGAGCCUCGGCUGGACCUCUUCCUCCAAUCUCUGCGGAUUCCAGGGACCAAUUUGGGUCCAGCCAUUCCCUGCCAGAGGUACAGCAACACAUGAGGGAGGAAUCUCGGACACGAGGCUAUGAUCGAGACAUUGCGUUCAUCAUGGAUGACUUGCAAGGCGCCAUGUCCGACAGCGAAGCACUAAGUGAAUCCACGCUGACUUUGAACAGAGAUGAUGCCAGAAUCUUUCAUGAAAGUAUCAGACACGCUGGAGGCCCAAACUGGAAUAUAGAAGCCUACCACCUUAGAAGAGAGGACACAGAUUGGUUUGAUAAGCCAAGAGAAGGGGAUCCGCAGAGCGGAAAUACAUCAGACAGGAGACAGAUGAAACUGGUGCAUUAUGCCUUCCCUCACACUUGCAUCAAGCUAAAGAGAGACCCGAAAGACACCAGCGUGUCAGGAAACGGUCUUGGGAUCCGUGUGGUAGGUGGGAAGGAGGUCCCGGGGAGCUGCGGUCAGAUUGGAUCCUACAUUGCCAAAGUUAUCCCUGGUGGUGUGGCGGAACAAACUGAGAAAGUUGUGGAGGGGAUGCAGGUGUUGGAGUGGAACAGAAUCCCUCUGACGGGAAAGACUUAUGAAGAAGUGCAAUGCAUCAUGGGCCAGCCAUGUGCUGAGGCGGAGCUCUGUGUGAGACUCGACCUUAAUAUGCUGUCUGACCCUGAGCACCCACAAGCCCUGGAGCACCAUGUCCAGCUUAAGGCUGCAGGUGGGCAGCGUUCCCCUGGAGUGGAUCCUAAGCAGUUGGCGGCAGAACUGCAGAAGGUGUCCCAGCAGCUGGCUCCUGGAAUGUGCGGAGCCGGGCUUGGGACCGGGGAUUUAAGUGUCCUCUCCGCACUUGAGCGAUCCGCCCUCCUGCACUCGGGUACCGGAUCGGCUGCCUCCAGUGGCGUGCCAAGCCCGGGCCAGCCUGCAUCUCCUGCCAUCAGCAAGAAGCAACGACACAAGCCGAUAGAAGCAAUGAGGACAACUCAUCUCAUCACCGGAGAAAUUCAGCUCCAGAUCAACUACGACAGGAACCUGGGAAACCUCAUCGUCCACGUUCUGCAGGCUAGAAAUCUGGCUCAGAGGGACAACGACGGUUACUCCGACCCUUUUGUCAAGGUCUACCUCUUACCGGGGAGAGGCCAAGUCAUGGUUGUCCAGAAUGCAAGUGCUGAUAACAAAAGAAGGACCAGGUACGCCCAGAAGACCAUGAACCCAGAAUGGAACCAGACCGUCAUCUACAAGAACAUUCAUUUGGAGCAGUUAAAGAAAAAGACGCUGGAGGUGACAGUGUGGGACUAUGACAGAUCCUCCUCAAAUGACUUCCUUGGAGAAGUGUUGAUUAACUUGUCAAACACGGCUCAGCUAGACAACACUCCUCGCUGGCUGCCUCUGAAGGAGCAGAGCGAGAGCAUUGAGCAUAGCAAAGCCCACCACGCUUCUCAAGGCCCUCCGGGGUCUGGGUCAGAUCAGGGUUAUGGUGGUCUGGGACACAGCCUGGGCCAUAUGUCAGUCCCCGGGAUGGGGACGGGACAUGCUGCUGGACAGGGUCAGGGACCAGCCGGGAGUCAGGAUUUACCUAAGAACUCUGUGAUCAAGAGCAGAAGCCACGGCAUCUUCCCUGAUCCAUCCAAAGACAUGCAGAUGAUGCCUUUGGAGAAGUCGCACAGCAGCCCCGGCAGCUCCAAGUCUUCCUCUGAUGGUCAACUGCGCUCCCAUGGCCCCUCGCGGAGCCAAAGCAAGAGCAGCGUCACUCAGGCCCACCUUGAGGACGCCGGGAUAGCCAUCGCUGCCGCCGAGGCCGCCGUGCAACAGUCCCGCCUGCAACCAAGACCAGGACACCGACUUGGUGAUGUCUCAGGGUCCGUGGUGCUUUCUGCCCCAAGUCUUGUUGGAGACGCCUACGGAGGUCUGGACGGGGACGAGGGGACAGUCAUUGGAGUGGACAGUGCCAUUUUUCAAGUGCCACGCAUCGGAAAGACUAUUCCAAACGGCACGGACAAAAACCAAAUAGUGACCCCAGAAAACGAAGGCGGUAAAACACAAGUAAUGGGGGAGAUCAAGGUGGCUCUCAAGAAGGAAGUCAAAACAGAAGGGGACCAACUGGUCUUGGAGAUCCUUCAAUGCAGAAACAUCACCUACAAGUUCAAAAGUCCCGACCACCUGCCAGAUCUGUACGUGAAGUUGUACGUGGUCAACGUAGCCACUCAGAAGAGGAUCAUUAAGAAGAAGACCAGAGUUUGUCGACACGACAGAGAGCCCUCUUUCAACGAGACCUUCAGAUUCCCCCUGAACUCAACUGGACACUCCAUACAGCUUUUCUUGGUGUCCAAUGGAGGAAAGUUCAUGAAGAAGACCCUGAUAGGGGAAGCCUACAUCUGGCUGGACAAGGUGGACAUGAGGAAGAGGGUGGUCAGCUGGCACAAGUUGUUUGUCAGCUCCACUCAAACCAACGCCUGAGCGGCGCCACACCAAAAAGACGGAGACUCGAUGGAGGGUCGACGAAAGGUGAAGCCGGAGAGGUACUAGUUCAGAGAUUCCAUUUGACAAAGACAUGAAUAUGGGAAAAAGAAAAAAUGUCAUGAAGGUAAAAUGAAAAGAUUCAUUUGUUUAACUUAUUUUGUCUAGAAUUCAUAAGAAGGACAGAAUUAUGUGCUAACAUCAUAAUAACUCCAUCAUCAGUCCAACACUGCCAGCACACGUGUCCUCCUCUUCUGGUGUCUGCUGGCUUGUGUGAUGCAAACAGGAAAAUACCACAGCAGACACUGAAACACACUUUCUUACCAUAGAUUCAUUUACAUAAUCCACUUAAACCUUGUUGUUUUGGUGCUGUGCAACUGAGCUAACAUAUCUAACUGGGGGAAAGAUGUUUUUACUUUGAUCAUCAACUGAAAUUGUCUUUUCUUCAUACGACAGUAAUUAUUGUAAUUUCAAAAUGACGUUUGUAAUUUGUGUGGACGGUAUUCUUGUUUAAUGAUGAAGGAAUGCACAGUGUUUGUGUACUAUCGUCUUUCAGUAUCAUGAAAAAGAGACAAAAAAUAGAGACACAAACAGGCGGACAGAUUACUUUUGCUAUGGGCUGAAGAAAAAAAAUGUACAGCACCACAGACUGUAUAUAGAUAUCACACAUGCAGAUUACAGGCCUAUCAGAGAACCAUAUUGUACAGUGUGAUGUUUAUACAAUAUACAUAGAUAUCGGAUGCACAAUAUAUCUAAAUACACUAUACACUAUAAGAGUUGUUCUGUUGUAACUAGAUUAUAUAUAAUAACAUAUAGACACCUGCCCUUUAAUUGAGGCUGUGGUGGCGCGCCGACAAUCCAGUAGGCUACGUUAGUCUAUGGUGCAGGCGGUCUUAAUAGACUUGAACGUGGACGUGGACCUAUGUGAGCUCAAAGAUGUAGCUCCUUCCGUCCUCCGGUCACACCGAUGCACCAUUAGACAUUCAACAGGGGUGUGAUGGAUAGCACAUUUUAAAAGGCUGAGAUGAAAAUACAGUGACAUAUUCACAUUUUACUGGUCUUCUAGAAUCACAGGUAUAAAACCACAAUAAAAUGAACAAGUUGCUGUGUUGAACGUUACUUGCCAAUUACAGGGAAUGAUAGGAUUUUACGUUCAGGCUGUUGUAGUUGCUCAGAGUGUGCUGAAAUAUCUCUUUCUGUGUCGCCUCUAAUGUUGUUGCAGAGUUGGGAUUCAUACUAGUGUGUCAAAACCAUACAUGGGUCAUUACCAUCCUUGGUUUUACCAAAAAAAAAUUAUAUUCAAAUUCAAGAUAAAAUGUUCCAACCAGUCCAAUAUCAAGGGUUCUCUGUGCGUGUGGCUGUGCUGUAGAAGUCCCUAUAGGCGGUUUUUAUGCAGCAACACGGUGAACCAGCCUUUCUCACUGCCUGUGACCAAAAUACUCCCUCAGGCUCCCUGGGGUUCAGUUAUGUGGAGAAGGGAAAACGUUUUCAUCUUAUCACAUGUUGCUGCCAUAUCUACAGAAUGAAAAAAAUACUAUCAAGUGACCCUCAUUUCUGUUUGGUGUAUUUAGACAUAUCACAGGGCCUGAUGCAAUUUUUUUAAGAAUUAAUAUAAAAGAGGAAAGAACAGAAACGCGUAGAACAAGACGGCACUGCAUUCUUGUAUAAAAGGAGAGCAAAAAAAAAGAGAAAAUAUUAAAGGAAGGGAGCGUGGUUGGUCAUUCACACAAUUAUUUUGCUGUGCCAACUUAGCUUGUUUUCAAAUUCCAUUGGUUCUUAAUUCUAUGCAACUUAGAUGUGUUUAAAUGCAUUUGCUUUUUUGGAAAUAAAUGUUAUAUCUGUAAAAAAAAAUGUCUUAUAGAAAAUAACUUUAAUUUGUACAUCCCUGAAAGAAAAUAUUAAAUGAAUUGAUUUUUUACUGAUUUUAAUAUAAAUUGUUAACACAUGUUAGCAUUUACUUGGAGCUUGUGCACUUUAUUAUUAUAUAUUAUUUUUUCUUCCGGUCUCAUUUUAACUGUCAUGACAUGGAAGAUUAUGUGGUUGGUGUUUCUGAACUGAAAUGAACUGGAUCAGGGUGUAUUUGGUGUCAGAAAUAGUAUGGUGCAAUUUUGUAUUUAUGUGGCAAAAGAAAAAGCAGCAGACACGUUCGGGUUCCUAAACUAACCGCACAAUCUGGGGGGAAAAAUAACUACUGCAUACUUACUUCAUCCCGUUCACAGUGUACCUACCAGUCUGUGUACAAAGUACAGUUAAUAAGACGUAUUCCCUAAAUGCUCAGUCAUGACUGUUUAAGCCCUCGUGUUUCAUUAGACUUCCUUCCAGCUAAUUACUGUUUGUUCAGAUCAGAUGUUGCCUGUAUUUGUGAACCCAUCUAUUUGUUGUUGUUGUUCUGAGGGGUGUGAAUGUGACUCAAGUCCUUUGACAUGUGUACAUAAAGUGUUUAUUUUCUACAAAGAUUGAAUGUUUAUAUUGUCCAAAGUUUGAGCAUGUGAGUGUUGAAAAAAAAAAUCACAGCAGACGUACAACUGUACAGCAAUGAGUGUCUGUAGUUGUUUAAGGGGAGUUGACUGUGUAAUCAAAAAAUGUGCUGUCAACCAAUGACUAUAUGUGCAACCAUGUCCCGCUGAAACAACUCAAAGGGGGAAAAAAAAUCUAUUCAACUUCAAUAGUUGUCUGAGACUUUGUGUUUUGGGUGUUGCAUGUUUUGUUGAUGGUUUGUCCAGAUAUUUUGCAUACAGAUUAUGUUUAAAAAGAGACACGAUAUGUAUAGAUUUAUCUGUAUGCUGACUGUAAAGAAAUAUGCUUGUAAAAUGGUCUUGUUUUUCACUCAUGUGUAAAACAAAGACUCUAAUGUUAUGGUUUUGUGGUUGUACACAGGAUGUAUUGAGAUAAUAUGCAAAUUGUGCUGUAAAAUCAGCUGUUUUCCCCUGAGUCUAAAGAAUAAAGAAGAGCUAUAUUACA